CCCGUCUCGAAAAUUAUACGCUUUGUUGAUGUGUCUGGGACGGUCGGCCAAGGAGAGUGUCUUUAAAACUUAUUAAAUUAUUGUUAAAAUUUAGCUGCAAUCAGAUUAUUUAUGCUACCGUUAAGCAGACUUCAAUCCUAGUUUUGUCCAUCUCUGUGACCGUUUCUUGUUGAGUCACACCCAAGGACAUUAUGUCUAAGCGGGCGGCAGAAGACCCCGCCGGAGGGGGUGCCACUACUGGCAGUGGAGGUGGAGCUCCGCCACCAAUUAAGAAAGUUCAUUUCGAACCUCACCUGAUUGGACCCAUUUCCACCCUGGAAGAGAUGGACAUCAAAGUGCUCCAGUUCCAGAACAAGAAACUAGCCCAGCGCAUUGAGCAGCGGGUUCGGUGCGAAGCAGAGCUUCGCCAACGGAUCGAGCAGCUCGAGAAACGCCAAACACAGGACGAUGCCGUCCUGAAUGUGGUCAAUCGCUACUGGAAUCAGCUCAAUGAGGACAUCCGAGUGCUGCUGCAGCGGUUCGAUGCGGAGACGGCCGAUGAGUCGGAGAAUAAGAACGAAAACGAGGUUACCACGUCCUUCCUGAUGCAGCUUUCCACCUGGGACAAGGAGGAGCUGGAUGACAAGUUAGCUAAUAGGGUUCAAGUAUCCAAGCGGGCCGUGGCAAAAAUUGUCCAGGUUUUCGAUCGUCUCAUGCAGCGUAACGAGAAAAUAACGCUUGCCAUGAAAGGCGAAUCCGAAGAUCCGGACGCCCAAGUACCGGAUAUUGAUGAAACUCUACGACAGAGCUAUACAGAGGUUAUGGCCGAGAAUCGUAAUUUGCUAACUCAGAACACUUUGCUUCACGAGAAGUUUCAUACAAUUUCGCUAAAAAUGAGCGAAAUUCAGGAUAUGCUGAAUGGUAAGGAUACGGAAUCGGCUGAAUUGAAGAACCAGAUUGAUGAUUUGCAAUAUGAGCUGGAAAAGGUGCGCUGCAGGAAUGACAAAUUGGAGAACCAUUUAGCCGAAGCUAUUGAGAAGUUGAAGGCGUACCAUCAGCUACAUGGUGAUAUUUCAAGUUCGGACAAGGACAAGCAUUCGUCGUCGACAACUAGCAGUGCUAAAGGUGGUUCCAUGACCAGCGUGGCCGCCCAGCAUUUGGAAGAUCUUCAAAAGGAACUCGAGGAAUACAAAGAACUGGCUAAUAAUCGACUCCAGGAACUAGACAAACUUCAUCUGCAACAUCGGGAAGCACUGAAGGAGGUGGAAAAGCUGAAGAUGGACAUUCGCCAGCUGCCGGAAUCAGUGAUCGUAGAGACGACCGAGUACAAGUGCCUCCAGUCGCAAUUUUCCGUGUUGUACAAUGAAUCGAUGCAGAUUAAGACACUGCUGGAUGAGAAUCGUAACCAGCUUCAGACGAGUAAGAAUCAACAUUUACGACAAAUUGAGAUGAUGGAGAGUGAAGAACUGAUCGCCCAGAAGCGUGUCCGCAGCGACAUGAUACAGAUGGAAGAUGUACUAUCGCAGAUCCGCAAAGAGUACGAAAUGUUAAGGAUCGAGUUCGAACAAAAUAUGGCGGCAAAUGAACAGACGGCUCCCAUUAACCGCGAAAUGCGUCAUCUAAUUACGUCACUACAAAAUCAUAAUGGUCAAUUGAAAGGAGAAGUACAGCGAUAUAAGAAAAAGUACAAGGAAGUGUCAGCGGAUAACGCAAAGUUGCGGAAAGAACUGGAGGAAGUGACUUUAAAAUUGACAACACUGCAGGAACAGCAGCAAGCGGAUAUUAAGAAGGAAAGCGAGCAGUCUGCGGCAGCUUCCGGGAUUAAGGAAGAGCCAGGUGCAUGUGAUGGUUUGAGUUCUGUGAAGGAUGAAAAUUCAGACGAUCCUAGCUUAGGCGCCCUUAAAUCGGAAUCUGGCGAAGAAGGCGAUGGUUGCGAUCCAAACGGGGUCAAAAAGGAAGAAAUCGGCCCGGACGGGAAACCGAUUAAGGUGGAAGCACCGGGAACUCCGAAAGGUGAUAAAGAUCAACGGGCGAAAAGUGCAGAGUCGGAUCUGGUAAGGGAUUUGCGCAAUCAAAUCAAAAAGGCACUCAAUGAUCAGAAAGAGAUGAAACUGCUGCUGGACAUGUACAAAGGUGUUUCGAAGGAACAACGAGACAAAGUUCAGCUGAUGGCUUCCGAAAAGAAAAAAGGUGCCGAAAUUGAAGAUUUGAAAAAUCAAAUGAAAAAGCUUCAGGAAAGUAAGCGAGAGGAUCGGAAGAAGCUGGCCGAUGAAGAAGCACUUAGGAAAAUUAAGCAACUCGAGGAGCAGAAGUACGAACUGCAGAAACAGGUUCAAAAUCAAAAGCAGCCAGACAGUGCGUGGAGCGGCGGCUAUAGGCCGUUCGUAGGAUCCCAUGAAGAGGAAGCACUCCUCAACGAGAUGGAAGUGACCGGUCAGGCGUUUGAGGAUAUGCAGGAGCAAAAUUCUCGAUUAAUUCAGCAGUUACGGGAGAAGGACGAUGCCAACUUUAAGCUGAUGUCCGAUCGCAUCAAGGCCAACCAGAUGCACAAGCUGCUACGGGAGGAGAAGCAGGUGCUGGAAGAUCAGGUACGUUUCGGGUAUGCUUAGUGGACGUAAAGGUAAUCCGUUUAACUGCAGUCACAAAAAGGUUUUGAGGUUCUAGACCAAGUACGAACCAAUUUAAUAGAAGGACGAUGUUGUAUCAGACUGUUCCAUACUUGUCACGUCGUUGGAGAUUUAAAGGGUGUAAGGUCUAGGAUUCAUUCCUAGCAAGCGAAAGGAACUGUAAUGCAUUGUUUGUUAGUUAGUUGUUUAGUAAGUCUUCGAGUACACGAUCAAAUCUUGUUAAGUUUAUGGGUUUCAAAAACUCUGGGCUACUGAGAAUUACCGACCUAUGUUUUCUAAACAAAAGGCAAUUUGAGCUCUAACCUGCUGGCUGUAGGUGUUUUUCAACUAGAAAGUUCUUGGAUUUUUAACAAUAUUACAUAUUUUUUGAUUUUACAUUCCCUUGACCAUUAAAUGCAUACUGUUGCCAUUUGACAAUAUACUGAAUUUUGUGAUACAAAUGCUCAACAAGAGGUAUAGAUCGUAUCCAUCCAGAAAAAUUAGUACUAAAGAAAAAUGAAAUUCAUGCAUUUAAGGGUUAAGUUCUAAUCUGUUCAACAAUCCUGGAGAAUUUAGAACGUAAGCAACAUUGAGAGCAUCUCUUUGUUUACUUUCUCUUUCGAUUACCACGAUGACACCGUACCAAUUUGCACAAAUUUGGUUCUCGCAAUUUUAUGGUUCAUCCUCCUCCAUAAACCGUUCUCAUGUACACCGCCUAAAAUUGUUCUCAACACUCCUUUCGAAUACUACGACCUCUUUGAGCAUUUUCCACGUUUCGUGCUCGUAGAGUACCACCACAUUUGUACAUAGGUGGUGAAGCUUCCUGGAUUGCAACGUUUUAUGGAAACUAUAGUAAGCUCGACGUCUGGAGAUAAUGCACUUUCCGAUCUCCCGGCUGCUAUUGUACGCAUUUACCUAUGAGCCUGCGUAGAUGAAUUCGUCGACCGCUUCAUACUCAUUUCCGUCAGCCAGCAUGUGCUUCGUCUUAGACUCGUUUAUCUUCAAUCCUACUGGUGCUGAUUUGAGUUUCAGCCUAGUAUACAAAUUUGCUGCCGUCACCAUGCUUCGACCGAUUAUAUCUACUUCGUCAGCGAAGCACACGAACUACCCAAACCUCGUGAAAAUCGUGCCCCACAAGUUGAACCUCUCUCUUCGCAUCACAUCCUCUAGCAGGCAGAACAGUUCAUCGUCAUAUCUUGGUCCCCUGCGUUAUUCGAACAGGCCCGAAAUCCAUCCAUUGUAGUCUGAAUCAGUCUUAUCGACUUCCCGGGAUAUCCGUUCUUUUCCAAAAUUCUCUAUAGCUCUACACAAACAUAACAAAUUGUGCGUUGGGUCCUGAUAUUCAUGAUAUUUUUGGAGGAUUUGCCGUAAGGAUUUGGUCAGUUGAUCGAAGGGAACAGUAUAAAAAGGAGGCGAGGAGAAAUUCUGAUAUCGUUCGAUGUGACUGCUUAAUCCCAAACGUACCAUCAGCUGACGCCUUGACAAAUAUUUGAUGACAUCUGGAACGAAGCUGCAUACUACCCUACCAAGCCGAAGUUUACCUUUUUCAAGUUUAGAGGGAAGUUCUACAAGCUACCAUUUGGUCUCAGCAUGGGCAACAAGCUCUCGCCUCUACUGUCAGACGUCUUCUUGGGUGACUUCGCUUAGGCAAAGAAAAGCUCUUCCCUCGAGUUUGGAGAUGGUAUGUGGACGAUAUUUUCGCAGCUGUGAAAGAACGCUACCUAACUUAGAUUCUUGAUAUGUUAAACUCCCGCCACAGCACACGGUAGAGAACGGAAUAGAAGGAAAAUUGUCGUUUCCGGACCUGCUGGUUACCAGCGGACAAAAAACAAAUUCGGGAGUUACCGUAAACCGACAUCCACAGACCGAUGCAUAACUUCCGCGUCCAACAAUUUCGGCGCUCAAGAACGAACAGUUGUCCAUUCCAUAGUCCAUCGUCUGUUCAAUGUACCGAUGAAAAAUGAAAACAUCAAGGCCGAAGGUAAUAAAUAUACCCUAAAACACCAUGCCCGUUGGCACGUUGGUCCAGUAGCUAGACUUGUCCAUAUUGCUUCAAAUUUGGUGCAAGUACUCCUGGUGGGACUAGGAAUCGAAUCAGGGGUGGGCCGAUAGGAGUCAUUUUUUUCCUGUCACUCUAGUGUAGACACUACAUCUCCUUAGUAAUUAAAUCUUUUAUAAUUAUAACUACAUUCAUAUACUGAAAAAUCAUUCAAUUAACAAGAAUUCUUAGUUUGAUUUUUGGAUCCACGAUGCCAUAUUGAUGUUGCUUUAGUUCUGUCAUCAUCCUGUUAACGGAUUUGAUGGAAAAGAUGUUUUUUACAUGCCUGUCCUACUCAACUCCUGUUGCCAUGUUUUUCACCUUCAAUCUUGUUCCCGUUCUUUUCAGCAGCAUAUGAGAGUACACAAGGAUUGAAAUUUGUUACCAAUUUGUUUCGUUGGUGGUAUUCUCAAUAACUACAUGAUCAACACACUUGAAUAUUUAGCCUACUUUUUGAUAUCUCCAAACGCUUUUCCUUUGUUUGUCAGAAAUUCGGGAUAUCCGUUCUUUUCCAAAAUUCUCUAUAGCUCUACACAAACAUAACAAAUUGUGCGUUAGGUCCUGAUAUUCAUGAUAUUUUUGGAGGAUUUGCCGUAAGGAUUUGGUCAGUUGAUCGAAGGGAACAGUAUAAAAAGGAGGCGAGGAGAAAUUCUGAUAUCGUUCGAUGUGACUGCUUAAUCCCAAACGUACCAUCAGCUGACGCCUUGACAAAUAUUUGAUGACAUCUGGAACGAAGCUGCAUACUACCCUACCAAGCCGAAGUUUACCUUUUUCAAGUUUAGAGGGAAGUUCUACAAGCUACCAUUUGGUCUCAGCAUGGGCAACAAGCUCUCGCCUCUACUGUCAGACGUCUUCUUGGGUGACUUCGCUUAGGCAAAGAAAAGCUCUUCCCUCGAGUUUGGAGAUGGUAUGUGGACGAUAUUUUCGCAGCUGUGAAAGAACGCUACCUAACUUAGAUUCUUGAUAUGUUAAACUCCCGCCACAGCACACGGUAGAGAACGGAAUAGAAGGAAAAUUGCCGUUUCCGGACCUGCUGGUUACCAGCGGACAAAAAACAAAUUCGGGAGUUACCGUAAACCGACAUCCACAGACCGAUGCAUAACUUCCGCGUCCAACAAUUUCGGCGCUCAAGAACGAACAGUUGUCCAUUCCAUAGUCCAUCGUCUGUUCAAUGUACCGAUGAAAAAUGAAAACAUCAAGGCCGAAGGUAAUAAAUAUACCCUAAAACACCAUGCCCGAGCAAAAUCGAACAUCAAAAUUACAAGUAGAAUUCAUAUUUUGAUAGCAUUAAAUUUGUAAUCUUGUUUUGCUAUCAGUUAUAGAUUUUUAAAAUAUGACA